UGUAGAAAAACUUUGUAAACUACAUUACUACGUAAUUUAGUAGGUAACUAAAAGUUAUCUACCCCGCUCCCCUAUCUAGUCUAUCCGUUUCCGUAUAAGAUAAAAUACCCAAAUGAAUUUGACCUCGAAACUUAAAAAAAUUAAAUGUAUUGAAAGUAAAACUCACUGUGAAUGUAUAAAAUUUAAUUAAUUCGUGAUAAAAUUUUAUAAGAUACAAUUUUAAAAAUUGUAUUUAGAACACGUACUACGCGCGAAAGUAAUGGCUACAGAAGACUUCACCACAUUGACGCAUGUUUCUCCAGCACUCACCAAUGAGAAGCUUAGCGAAUCACUUACAGAAUGGUUUGGGGAACCAAUGGCCUUCACUCGCUGGGAGUACUUGAGUGACACGGGUAAAGGCGAUUCCUAUCUGAGCGAACUUAUCAAAAUAAAGAUUCACGGCACCACCCGAGCUGGCGCAUCCAAAUAUGUACAAGUUAUAUUAAAAAAUAUACCCAAAAGUAUUUCUCGAAGACUCACAUAUAGAAGUGACGAGUUUUUCAAAAACGAAAUAAAUUUCUAUGUAAAAGUUUUGCCGGCGUUAAUAAAGUUUCAAUCGAGCAAAUCUGUUACCGAUCCCUUUGACAAGUACGCCAAAUUAUUUCUAUCGUACAGUGAUGGUGUUAACGACGUUAUUUGUCUUGAAGAUGCAUCCUUGGAGAACUAUGGGAGCGCUGUCAGACAAGAAGGGAUAGAUUACAACCAUUGCAAGAUCACUUUCAAGGUGUUAGCACAGUUCCAUGCACUGUCCUUCGCAAUGAAAGAUCAACAACCGGAAGAGUUUGAGAAAAUCCGAACGGAAGUCUUCGAGACGUACUACCAUGACCGAUUAAGGGGCUGGUACACGAAAUUCUGGAACCGAAUCAGUGGUAUAGCCAUAGAUGCUGUUGAAAAGGAGUACCCUAAUUCAAUUUACGUGGAAAAAAUUAAGAAGUUUGCCAUUCCGGAGCGAUACGAUGACAUGAUCGAGGCGGCGACGAAUACUCUUGAAACUGGUGUCAUAUCGCACGGAGACUCUUGGACUAACAACUUCUUGUACAAAUAUGUUAAUAGCACUCCGGUAGAUGCUAAAAUAAUUGACUUUCAGCUCUCGAGGUGUGCAUCUCCUGUGUUGGACGUGACUUUCGUGAUAUACGCAUGCACUACCCAGGAUAUGAGAGACAAAUACUACGAUGAAUUGUUGAAGUAUUAUUACCAAGUGCUGGCGAAACAAAUAAGGGAGUUGGGCAGUGAUCCGGAUAAACUGUACUCUUAUGAAGUUUACAUGGCCGAGAUAAAGAAGUACUCAUACUUUGGACUGGCGUUCAGUUUUGAAUCCACUCCGUUUAUUAUAUUGGCGCCUGAGGACGCCGUCAAUAUGGAAAUGAAGGUAAAACUUGUGUAUUUUAAUAACGUUCCGACUAAUAGAUUUCUUGGGGGGAAAGGGAUU